CCAGAUAUGGCCUUUUCUGUAACAAUGGGAAUACUGUAUAUGAAGGAGCUAUUGCCAAAUCAUCUAGUGUUUCUGCUGUCAUACAGCUACUUUCACACGUCAGUACGUGAAAACACCUGUGGUUUUACUGGCUUCCAGUAUUGUAAAGUGAGUUUUCUGAUGAAGCUUCAUUUAGCAGCCCUGGCUUCGUUAAAGGGAGACAUAGUAGAGCUUAAUAAACGUCUACAACAAACAGAAAGGGAGCGUGACCUGUUGGAAAAGAAAUUGGCAAAAGCUCAGUGUGAACAAUCCCAUCUAAUGAGAGAGCACGAAGAUGUGCAGGAGCGAACAACACUACGCUACGAGGAACGAAUCACAGAGCUGCACAGUGUCAUUGCUGAAUUAAAUAAGAAAAUUGAUCGACUACAGGGAACAACAAUAAGGGAGGAAGAUGAGUAUUCGGAGCUGCGAUCAGAGCUCAGCCAAAGCCAGCAUGAGGUUAAUGAAGACUCACGCAGCAUGGACCAGAAUUCUGUUUCAGUACCAGAGAAUCAGUCCACUGUGGUCACCGCAGAUGUGGAUAACUGUAGUGACUUGAACUCAGAACUGCAAAGAGUGCUGACAGGUCUGGAAAAUGUUGUCUGCGGGAGGAAGAAGAGCAGCUGCAGUUUAUCAGUAGCAGAAGUGGACAGACAUAUUGAACAACUCACUACUGCCAGUGAACAUUGUGAUUUAGCCAUUAAGACCGUAGAAGAGAUUGAGGGUGUAUUGGGACGUGACCUUUAUCCGAAUCUAUCUGAAGAGAGAUCUCGAUGGGAAAAGGAGCUAGCUGGCUUGCGGGAAGAGAAUGAGAGCCUCACGGCCAUGCUGUGUAGCAAAGAGGAGGAGCUGAACAGGACCAAGGCAACCAUGAAUGCUAUUCGUGAGGAAAGGGACAGAUUGCGUAGAAGGGUUCGGGAACUGCAAACGCGUUUGCAAAGCGUGCAGGCAACAGGCCCAUCCAGCCCAAGUCGUCUCACUUCUGCCAAUCGACCCAUUAACCCCAGCACGGGAGAGCUGAGCACAAGCAGCAGUAGCAAUGACAUUCCCAUAGCCAAGAUCGCUGAAAGAGUGAAGUUGUCAAAAACAAGAUCAGAGUCUUCAUCGUCUGAUAGACCUGUCUUAGGAUCAGAAAUCAGCAGCAUAGGGGUGUCCAGUACUGUGGCUGAACAUUUGGCACAUUCCCUCCAAGACUGCUCAAACAUCCAGGAAAUCUUCCAGACCCUUUAUUCACAUGGAUCUGCUAUCUCUGAAAGUAAAAUUAGAGAGUUUGAAGUGGAGACAGAGAGAUUAAAUAGCCGUAUUGAGCACUUGAAAUCCCAGAAUGACUUGUUGACAAUAACACUGGAAGAGUGCAAGAGCAAUGCCGAGAGGAUGAGCAUGCUUGUUGGGAAGUACGAGUCCAAUGCUACAGCCCUCAGGCUUGCAUUGCAGUACAGUGAACAGUGCAUAGAAGCAUAUGAGCUGCUGUUGGCAUUGGCAGAAAGUGAGCAGAGUCUCAUUCUUGGGCAAUUCAGAGCUGCAGGUGUUGGUUCUUCUGUUGGGGACCAGAUAGGUGAUGAAAACGUCACCCAGAUGCUUAAGAGAGCUCAUGACUGCAGGAAGACAGCUGAGAACGCAGCAAAAGCCUUGCUGAUGAAACUAGACGGCAGCUGUGGGGGAGCCUAUGCAAUCACUGGCUGUAGUGUGCAGCCCUGGGAAAGCCUGUCAUCCAACAGCCACACAAGCACUACCAGCUCAACUGCAAGCAGUUGCGAUACGGAAUUUACAAAGGAGGAUGAGCAGCGGCUGAAGGAUUACAUCCAGCAGUUGAAAAAUGACAGGGCAGCAGUGAAACUGACAAUGCUGGAGCUGGAAAGCAUCCACAUUGAUCCCCUUAGUUAUGACGUUAAACCUCGUGGAGACAGCCAGAGGCUAGACCUGGAAAAUGCAGUCUUGAUGCAGGAACUUAUGGCAAUGAAGGAGGAGAUGGCAGAGCUCAAGGCACAGCUUUACCUGCUAGAGAAGGAGAAGAAGGCAUUGGAAUUGAAACUGAGCACUCGAGAGGCCCAGGAGGAGGCCUACCUUGUCCAUAUUGAGCACUUGAAGUCUGAAGUGGAAGAGCAAAAAGAGCAGAGAAUGAGGUCCCUCAGCUCAACCAGCAGCGGAAGCAAAGACAAAUUGGGCAAGGAAUGCAGUGAUGGCACCACAACACCAUUAACACUAGCUGAGCUGAGACCGUACAACGAGGGUGAACUGACUGCUGAACUGACAAACGCACUCAGGCG